AUGUCUUGGGGCCUGAAGCGGAAGAAAGAGUUGCUGACUAUGCUUGAUGAAAUACAACGUUGUUUACAACACUAUUACUCUUCAAAGCUGGUGAGGUUGGAUGUGGAGCUGAGGAGUGAAUUAGAUGAAGUUACGACAAGGGACACCAAAACUCAACACACCCCUCAAAGCCGCCGCAAUUCGAAAAACCCGAACAAAAUUGCAGCAGUUUGCAGUGUUUAUCACCGAAGAAAUGCUUCAAAAUUUCCAUACCUCGAGGGUUUUCAAGGAAAACGAAAAAGAGGAGCUAAAGAAACCUUCUUGCAGCUGUAA